GUAGAGGAAGCCGAACUAACAGGGAACAGGGGAGACAGCUCGUACACACGCAGGCCGUACCCACAGUUAUCUCCACCGUCUGAGAGUUCGUCGGCAGCGAAAAUGAUCGAGUGCGUGCACGGGAUGCUGUAUCUGGCGGUUCUGGUGGCGUUGGCCGCCUGUAACGCUCCUCCGGUUCCGUUAGACGACAUCUUAAUAGAGAAAACUUUCGUGCCAGAGCAGUGUGCGCGCGCUGUCAAAGUAGGGGAUUAUGUCAGGUAUCACUACAUUGGCACGUUUCCGGACGGCAAGAAGUUCGACUCCAGCUACGACCGCGGCACCACCUACAACGUGUUUGUCGGCAAGAAGCAGCUGAUCGAAGGGAUGGACAAAGCUCUGGUUGGGAUGUGUGUCAACGAGAGAAGUCUGGUGAAGAUCCCCCCUCACCUGGCCUAUGGAAAACGCGGAUACGGUGACAUCAUCCCCGCUGACUCCAUCCUCCACUUCGACGUCCUGCUGCUCGAUGUGUGGAACCCGGAGGACGGCGUCCAGAUCAACACCUACCACACUCCCUCGACCUGCUCCAGAAAGGUGGAGGUGUCUGACUACGUCCGCUACCACUAUAAUGGCACCCUGCUGGACGGGACGCUGUUUGAUUCCAGCCACACCCGAAUGCGCACCUAUGACACUUAUGUUGGGAUUGGCUGGCUGAUCGCCGGCAUGGAUCAGGGCCUUCUGGGAAUGUGUGUUGGAGAGAGACGCAUUGUCACAAUGCCACCGUCACUUGGAUACGGAGAGAAUGGAGACGGCAGCGACAUCCCAGGACAGGCGUCCCUGGUGUUUGACGUCGUACUUCUGGACCUCCACAACCCCAGAGAUGGGAUCACAGUGACCAAUCAGCAGGUGCCUGAGUCCUGCGUGAGGAAGACCGUCUCUGGAGACUUUGUACGCUACCACUACAACGGCAGCCUCCUCGAUGGAACGUUUUUUGACUCCAGCUACUCUCGUAAUCGUACCUAUGACACCUAUGUGGGUCGCGGCUACGUGAUUGCUGGCAUGGACGAGGGUCUGAUUGGAGUCUGCGUCGGAGAGAAACGCACCAUCACCAUCCCCCCACAUCUCGCCUAUGGAGAGGAGGGAACAGGCUCUACAAUCCCCGGUUCAGCUGUGCUCGUGUUUGACGUUCACAUCAUCGACUUCCACAACCCGUCAGACAGCACCGAGGUCACCGUCAUUUACAGGCCGGAGGAGUGUGACAGGCAAACCAAGAAGGGAGACUUCAUCAAAUAUCACUACAACGCCACUCUGAUGGACGGCACAUCCAUCGACUCCACGUAUAAUUACGGGAAGACGUACAACAUUGUCCUGGGAGCCAACCAGGUCGUCCCAGGGAUGGAGGACGGACUGCUUGAAAUGUGUGUGGGAGAGAGAAGGCACCUUGUUAUUCCUCCUCACCUGGGCUAUGGGGAGAGAGGAGUCACUGACGAAGUUCCAGGGAGUGCUGUGCUGGUGUUUGACAUCGAGCUCAUAGACAUGGAGGAAGGACUUCCCGAAGGCUACAUGUUCAUCUGGAACGACAACGUGUCGCCUGACCUCUUCUCUGAGAUGGACAAAGACGACAACAAGCAGGUGGAGCCCUCUGAGUUUACUGACUACAUCAUGCGGCAGGUGAACGAGGGUAAAGGCCGCCUGGCUCCUGGCUUCGAUCCUUACCGCAUCAUUGACAACAUGUUCUCCAACCAGGACCGCAACGGAGACGGAACGAUCAGCGAGGCAGAGUUCAAACUGAAAGCAGACGAGUCCGCCGCCCAUGACGAGCUAUGACGGGACGGAGUGUGAACGUCCGAUCGGGUUGCAGGCUGAAGGGUCAGACAGCGGGGGGCUAUGAUACAUAUGUGGGUGGUAGAGUAGAAAAAGAUGUAGGUGAAUGUGUGGGUGAGCGAGUGUGGAGAGAGAAAUGUGCUGAGAGAUUUUAUAUGUUCACUCUGGAGACUUGUAUGAUUGGCUCAUCAUAGAGCCAAUUGAGUCUGAGAAGACGUUUAGGAGCGAGAAGACUUUUUAGAGAGUUAAAUACUGGAGAGAAAACAAAUAAUUUGAGGACUUUAACGACAGUGAAUGACUUUUUUUAUUGCAACCUCCUCUCCCCUCAAGUUCCUGUCUUGUUUUAUGUGACGUUUUAUUUUUAUUUUGAAGGGUACAAAAGCACUCCUGUGUGAGAGAACAAACCAAGGCCUCGCUCCACCACCUCAGCAUUAUCGUCGUUAGCUUUUUGCGGUCAUGCGCGAAACUCUGUUUGGUCUCAGCGGAAGGAGGUGACGGUCCUCCAGGAGAAAGAGUCGGGCCUCACUCACUGUAACAUACUGUGAUGCAGGGACGAUCUGAGAGUUACCACUCAUUUAUUGAUGAAAGUAUGUGAGAGCUUUCAGUUGGAAUAACAUUUUAUCUGCGUAGUUUACAGCUGACACCUUCCUCUGUCUUAACUUUAAAUGUCAGGACGCCUUCUGUGUUUUCUGGGCGUUUUCAGUCUUUCAGUCACUUUUGGGGAACUACACUCCGUCGCUUGUUUUUGUCUUCAUCCAAAUGUCAGCACCUGAUUGUGUGUGUGUGUGUGUGUGUGUGUGUGUGUGUGUGUGUGAGAGAGAGAGAGAAUGUUGAUUUUGUUUUACUUUUUCAUUCAGGAGAAUACUGAGGCUUAUUGCUGAAAAUGUCAACACAAAGUUUAAUUUGAUUAAAUGAUCUGA